AUGUAUACGACUCCUAUCGAAGCUCUUGCAGUUAAUAUUCUCAAAAGGACAAAUGUUCUUCCUGAGAAUACUGUUUUUCCGGAAGUAGACCCAUGUUUGUUAUGCGGAGAAGGUCUUUAUUUACCUCAGGAAUUCCUACCAUUUAAAGAAUUCACCUUAGCUUCGUGUGGGCAUAUCUAUCACCAAAAAUGUCUUGAAAAACAUCUAGUGAGUGGAGAGGCGAUUUGUCCGAAUAAGAAGUGCAACAAAGUUAUCGAAACUUUUCUUUCUCCAGAACCCCUUAAGGGAUCACAAGACAAACCUACAACCUCGAUUGCGGAAGACACUACCACUAAACAAGUAGACUCUGAAAAUCCAACUCCCAUAGGUGAGGAUGCUGAUGCAAAUUAUAUGAACGAACUGGGAUUAUUAGAUGGAGAGGAUUGUUCGUCCAAGACUACUGAGGUCGCUAAAGAAACUUCUGACCAGGCAACCAGCCCUAUUGAGGGAUCAACUCUA